AUGAGAGUACAAGCGAGCUGUGCAAGCUGUUUGGAAGAGGAAGAAGAAUUACCAGCCACACAUUGUUGUUCUUCUUGCUCGUUGGCCCUUUGCACCUAUCAUGCUAAAAAACAUGAAAGAAACAACCAUGUUGUUAUUCCAAAUAAUUCUAAACUAGACGAAAGUUACAAUCCUGUAAACACAGCUCCAUUGUGUAAAGAUCAUUUUAUUCCGAUCAAUUGUUUUUGCAGUAAUUGUAAAAUGUUGAUUUGCUCAUCAUGUGCUGUUAGUUUACAUUCAGCACAUCAAGUUUCGUUAAUUUCAGAAAUUGAAGCAACUGUAAAAAAGGAAACAGUUGAUGAAUUGCAAAAGUUUAUCAUUAAGUCUGAAGAAUGGAGUCAGAAACAUCAAUUGGAUGAGAAUAAUCUUACUGAAUGCGUUACAAAAGUUAGAGCUAGAGGUGAAGAGUUGAAAAAGCAAAUCCAUUCGAAACUUGACGAAUUAAUGAAUGAUUUGAAGAAAAGAGAACAACAAUUAUUGGUUGAUCUAGAUGAAUUGGUGGAUAACCAAUGCAAUAUUGUAACAUCUAUUCGAAAUCAUCAUGAAAUAGUCGAAGAUUUGAAAAGAGAAUUAACAAGCAUUUUGUCAAUGAAUGGAUAUACAUUGAUGGAGAGGAAAAUUAACAAAUUUAAACAAACUAUGGAUAGUUUCGAAUUGAUAUCAACACAAGUUGGAAAUUUUAUUAGCUUGGAAAAUAUUGACAAGUUCAAUAUUGAACAAUUUGAAACUAAUGAAAUUUCUAGCAAAAUUGGCAAGAUUGGAAAAAUCGUAAAGAUUUUACCAUUUCCAACUGUCAAGCAUUGUUUUGCAAAUGGAGAGAAAAUAUUGGAGGUUUUCAAAGAUAAUUGGAAUAUUUACAAAAUUUCGCCUGAAAUAUUUAACGUAGAAGACAGGAAAAUUCGCAAUAUCAAAUUCAAAGUCCACCAAUUAGUUCAAGGCUCCAAUACAUGGUGCAUCAUAUUUGGAAUUGUGAAUUCUUCAUCACGACUUGACACUUAUUUAAGUGAAAAUGGUUAUGGUUUGAUAUUUCUAAAUGGGCAAAAGUCAUGUUCGGGCAAAGGAACGCCAUUUUUAUCUCCUAUGAAAGUUGGAGAUGUAGUGGAAGUUAUUGUACAGAAUAAUUCACUUUUAUUCUCAAUUAAUGGUGAUGAUCCUAAAGUAGCAUUUGAUAAUUUACCAAACUUUGAGUACACUUUUGGUGUUUCUAUUUGUGCUAAACACGCCAAAUUGGAAAUUAUUUAA